UUCUGCUUUCACCAUACGUACAUACUCCGAAAUACAAAGCUUCAAAAAUUUCAUGUUAAUGCUCACUGCUCACGGUCUCUUCAACAAAAUGUCUCCGCUCAGCAAGAACGAUUUACAGCGGAUCUUCGAGAAGCUCGACAAGAACGGCGAUGGGUUGGUUAGUCUGGACGAGCUUAAUUGGUUGUUGGAGAGAAUCGGAGUCCAGUUCAGGCUCGAAGAGCUGGAGUCCUUGGUGGGAAAAUCAUGUCUGGGCUUUGAUGAAUUCGUAUUCUUUUACGAUUCCAUCUCGAACCAGAACGGGGGAAAUGACGACGAUGACGAAAUGAUCAUUGACGGGGAUGAUGAAGAUGGAGAGAGUGACAUUGCCAAGGCUUUCAAGGUGUUCGAUUUGAAUGGCGAUGGUUUCAUAUCUUCCGAGGAGCUUCAGAGCGUAUUGGCCAGACUUGGUUUAUGGGAUGAAAGGAGUGGCACAGAUUGCAGAAACAUGAUUUGCUACUACGACGCCAACUUGGACGGUGUGAUUGAUUUUGAAGAAUUCAAAAGCAUGAUGUUUCAUACCGUUUCUUAAUUCAACACUUCCUGUAUGAAAAGGGUUCAUUAUCAGUUGUAAUAUAUUAGUAAACACAGAUAUAGAGUGUCCCUAUUCAAUGUUAGAAAAAAAAUCAAAUAAGAUAUUGAAUUGGUGCAA